AUGUCUGAACUCCGCCGAAAGCUUGUCAUUGUCGGAGACGGUGCUUGUGGUAAGACUUGUCUUCUUAUCGUCUUUUCCAAGGGCACCUUCCCCGAGGUGUACGUACCCACGGUUUUCGAGAACUACGUUGCUGAUGUCGAGGUGGAUGGCCGCCACGUAGAGCUUGCGCUUUGGGAUACCGCCGGUCAGGAGGAUUACGAUCGUCUGCGUCCGCUCUCGUACCCGGACUCGCACGUGAUUCUCAUCUGCUUUGCAGUUGACUCGCCCGACUCGCUGGAUAACGUGCAGGAAAAGUGGAUUUCGGAAGUGCUUCACUUUUGCCACAGCCUGCCCAUCAUCCUCGUGGGCUGCAAAAAGGACUUGCGACACGACCCCAAGAUUGUCGACGAGCUGCGAAAGACGAGCCAGCGUCCCGUCUCUGCCGAGGAGGGUAUGGCGGUUGCACAAAAGAUUGGCGCAGUGCGCUACCUCGAGUGCUCGGCCAAGACGGGCGAGGGCGUUCGCGAAGUGUUUGAGCACGCCACGCGCGCGGCGCUGGUUCAAAGAAGCCGUGGCUCGAGGAAGAAAGGUUGCACCGUUCUCUAA